ACUCAUAGUGGUGCUUUCUCCUUUGACUGUGAAAUCAUUCAGAGGCAGAAACCAGGAUCAUUUGCAGGGCCCAAGGCAAUAUUGUGCAUACACUUGAGACAGCACAGUAGCAUAGCAUGACGUCUGACUUUCUGAAAAGGCUGCCUUAGCUGUGCCUCUUAACUUGAAUGGACUCAACAUUACGGUACUUUGGAACCCUUUCCUGUGAACUUGAAAGUACCAGCCUUUUGCUUUUAUUCCUCCUCAGUUGAUUGGCAAGUGACUGCUUUACCAGUACCACAAGGGUCAUGGAUAUCAAAUUCCCAGAGGCUGAAGGAUCUGGCGAGGAAGGUUCAGGAAAGAAGAAGUCUAAGUUUAAAUCUAUCAAAAAGUUCUUCGGGAAAAGAAAACGGAAAGAGACGUUAUCACCUUCAGGAAGUGGUAGUCUGAAACAAUGCCAGUCUGCAAGUGACGUCACAGCUUCACAGUCUAUGCAUAUAGAUUACGAUUCUGAAGAUGAGCUUGAGAUGCACGAAGGUAUUAUGGGAAGCAGAGCCUUGUCGCAUGAGAGCAUUUUCAUUCCUGAGACUGCACAAGAACCAACUAGACCAAUCCGAGUAUUUUCUCAGGAAAAUGUUUCCGAUCGGAUUAGGGCUUUGCAGUUGAAACUCCAACAGAAUUGGAAAUUAAGGGCCUCGUCGCCAUUUGGAACAUCUUCAAAAAGAGUGGAUGAUACUGGGAUGAGUUCAGAAGAUGAUGGAUUACCUAGAAGUCCACCAGAAACGUCUUUACUGCAGGAAAUGUUAAAUUCCAGUACAGCAAAGUUCUCUGACUCGCACAAGCAUCUUAGCUCUUUGAGUUUAGCUGGAACAGGCAGUGAAGAAGAAGAACAGGUCACACCAAGUCCUUUGAGAUCCUCUUCUGUGGAAAGCCAGCUAUUCCCCAGGCAGCCAAGUGCUAAAAUUAUAUCUCUGCAGACAUCUGACUGCAAUCUCUCUCCUCCUGCUGAUUUCGAUACUCCAGCCGAGUUUUCUUCUUGCUUGGAUAAUUCAGCUGCUAAGCACAAGCUUUUAGUGAAACCACGGAACCAAAGAUCCAGUAGAACAAGACGACCUGCUUCGAGGAACCAGUCAGAAUUUCAGAAUGACUUGAGCUGCACACCUGAAGAAGACAAAAAUGAAAGGAAUGAGAUGUUAGCUGAACUAACCUGUGAAGGUGAUAGUUCCAACCAUAAGAAGCCAACAAAGAGCUCAGAUUUAGCAAAUUCAGUGUACUCCCAGCAACUUGAAAUGUCAAAAGAUCUUCAGCAUAAUUUGAGUCACCAAAAUGAAAAAACUCGCACUCUGCACACCACUUCUGAAUCACAUAUGCUUCUCUGUGAAAAUAAACCAGAGGGCUACCAAAAUGCACAAGAAAUAUCACACACCGUAUUGUCAUUGUUUCUUCAGAAGAAAGAAGAUACAGCUGCCCUAAAUCUUAUUGCAAACCAAGAACCACAAAGGGAGAGAGAGCACUCUGAAACACUAAAGAUUUCCUCUUGCGGUUUAUUAAAUAGCACAUCACUUAAUAUUUUAAAUCAGGAAAAUAAACAGACUUAUGGUGUGCAAUCUAAAUAUGGCAUGCUGUCUGAUAAGAACGUCUCAACCAAAGAUGAUGUGAUCCCAACGCUAGGAGGAAGAGAAAAAAAUACAUUCAAAGAUGCCAAGGCACUUUUGGAAGACAUUUCUAACAAGGGAACUAUAAAUGCAUCUCCUUCACUGCCUAGCACCAUCAGUCUUAUAUCAAAAAAUUCACCCCACGUCACAGAUUUACCGUAUUCUGAGAGCAAUAGUAUUUCCCAAACUUCUUGCACGGUCCCAUCACCACAAACAGACCAACCUCCUCCUUUGAACCUAGAAAAAGUAAAACCAAUUCAGGUGCUAUCUGUAUCCGAUAAAGAAAACAGUCACCCAGCAAUACCUUCUAUGUUGAUUUUAGGAGGGAAAGAAUCCAGUGAUCAAAGCACUGCGAGGAAAUUCUCUGUCUCGUCAGCUUGGGGAAGGUCAAGGACCAGCAGCUUGAACAUGAAGGACACUUUAGUGUAUGAAAAUCUACCAGCCAUGCAGAUCUUGCAGGCUAAAAUUAAAAACUCUUCAAGAAACGAGAAGGUAAAAGAGGAUACAGAGGUUAACUCCUGCCAAGAGAGAAAAGGCUGCACUAGCAAGUGGGCCUCCUCAUCAGAGUUGGAAUCAGAAACCGCUGGGAGAUCAUCAGACAGAGUAGAAGCUAGUCCACAGCCCCAGGUCAUGGCUUCAAAACCAGUGCUGAGUAACUUUUCCACUGCUCUUCCACAGCAAUCAAGUACUGCCGAGUCAAGUUGUGAAGAAAAAACCCCCUUCCAAGUCAAGCUUAGAUCCACAUCUUUAUCACUGAAAUAUAGAAACAGCUCUUUGCAGGAAUCAAAGGAGGCUAAAAGAUACAGUGCGGAGUUUAAUGUGGAAAAAGAGGGACUACCUUUGACAUCCCUAAAAAGUGAAAAAGCAGAGGCUAAAAAAACAAGUGAUGUAAAUACCACCAGCUUUUUAACUGAAAGCCUCAAAGCUAAAUCAAAGGCCUCUGAACAGGGUAGCACAAAACCUCCAUUGCCAAGGAAACCUAUUUUGCAACACUACUUUAUUGCUGGCACUAGCACAAACAUAGAAAAGCAGGAAAAGGUAACCAAAUAUCCUGAGUUGAAAAAUGAAGGCAAAGAUUUGGAGAUGAAACCAAGCCCACCCGAAGUGCCUGCAGAGAAAAGUGUGCCUUCUCCUGUGAUUGCUGCAGCAGACACUGCAAGAGGAACUGAAAGCCAGACAGUGCCAGCCUGGAUUACCAUAGCAAAACAAAAGCAGAGGGUCAUGGAGCAAGAGCUUAGCAAAGAAGAGAAACUGGUGGCUGCGGAUAAGGCAGAGGCAGAAAAACAAAUACAAGAGAAGGAGCGAAUGGAGGAAGUUCUGAGGCAACAGACAGAUUUCACGCGAAACACAUCCUUGCCUUUCCCACCCGCAGCUUCUUCUGAAGAACAGAGAAAAGAAACUAAGUCAGAUAUGCAGGAAUCUUUGCCAGGAGGCAGCUUGCUGUCACACCAUAACCCUGUUCAGUCUUCAGCGCUGAUUGAAAGAGAAGAUAUAAAGCCACUUAAGAAGGUCAGUCAUUCUUCUCCAGAUCAACCUUCAUGGAUGGAACUUGCCAAAAAGAAAUCUCAAGCUUGGAGCGACAUGCCUCAGAGGAUAAAAUAAGAGUAUGCAUUUUUAUGCAUAAUAGUUGUUCUAGAUUUUUUUUAUUGGGCUGUGUUAAUUGAACAGAUAGUUAAUCAUGAAAUCUAUUAUGUUGGCCGCACAUUUGUAUUCUUAACCCACUGUGUAGCAGUGAAGAUUCUGCUAGAAAGCUAAUGCUGGGCUCUUUGUUUUUUGCUUGGAAAAAUAAUCUUUUGCAGAUGAUGUUGCUUAUCUUACAUCUUCUUUGUUUCUUCCACACCUGCAAAAUGGUUUGUGAUGUAUAAGCUUUUGGAAUAUUUACUAACUAUUGGUUUACCAUUACUUUGUUACCUUGUAACUAAUCUUCCUAUCAAAGUUCUUCCCCCCCCUUUUUUUUUGAGCUAUGAAACUAAUUUCCUCCCCAGAAACACACAUGCAAAACAAAUGAUGUUAGGUUGAUAGAUUUACAGAAAAUUAAAAACUGAUAGCAUUGUGGAGUAAACGUGGAAAUAGGCUGGAAUGCUAAUUUAUUCUCUGGACUGAUUCAGUCACUACUACUCUCUCCCCACUCCCCAAACCUCUGCACACUGUUGGAUCAGGAUCAGAACCAUGCAUUAGACGUAUGUGCUACUUGACAAUACCUAAGAAAGUCAUGACUCCACUGGAAGAACCCUCAUUUAUUUGAACUCCAAGUAGGUAGUAUAGUUACAGGAAAAGGGAGAGUCUGUAUUCAAAAGUUCAAGAUAUCUUGUUGCAGUUGUUGAUGCAGUGAGGAUUGGAAGAAAGAGCACACAUUCUUGAUUUUGCCACAUCUAGUUGACUAGUAGCAUCUGAACAGCCCCAUGAUUUCGAAUCCUAAACUGAGCUGACAAGGAAUUUAUUUAUAUCUGGGAUGAGGGAUAUGUUUCCCUCCCAGAUGUUGCUGGCUGGGAACUCCCAUCAUCCCAGAUCAUGGGCCAUACCUGCUGGAGUUGGCCAGUGGGGAGUUGGACUCCCAACGACAUGUAGAAGUCCACAGGUUCCCCUUCUCCUGAUCUACAUCUAUGUCAAAAAUUAGACCAGGCACCCCCAAACUCGGCCCUGUUUUGGGACUACAAUUCCCAUCAUCCCUGACCAUUGGUCCUGUUAGGUAGGGAUGAUGGGAGUUGUAGUCCCAAAACAGCUGGAGGGCCAAGUUUGGGGAUGCCUGAAUUAGACACUGCUUUAACCUCCAUUUCAUUACUGUAUCAUUUUCUAAUCUAGAAGCUCAGUUGCUGCUCUUACACUUUGGAGAAACGACCUCAUCCAUGAUAUUGGAUAGUCAUAAUGCCUGCUAGAGUUUUCACAUAAAGUUAUGCACAGUUGUAAAAAAGAAAAGCCAAUUUCACACAUAUGUAUAAUAUCACAACAGAAAAUUCGAGACAAAACUGGCUGAUGCUACUUACUUUCUUAUCUGCACAGUUGGGGUAAUCAGCCUGUGAAUAAAUGCAUAGCCGUUGGAUUCAGGGUCAGAGGGAAAAAAGACCAAACUUCAGUCCCUAGUAAGGGAGACAGUUGGCAAGCUUUGUUUAUCUAACAAAGGAGAAAAUAUUACUUUGUCCUUCAUUGUACACUGAUAAUCCAAAAUUGCCUGGAUGAGUGGCCUUCAUUCUGCCCUCUUUUUGCAUGCAUUUUCAAUAUACAUUUUCAAUUAUGUUACAGGUGAUCGCUAGGAUUUUGUUAGCAUGUGAUGUAAUGCUGGAUAUAUAUUUUUUUCCUGCUGCUGUUACUUUAGGUGCCUUUUGAUGUGUAAUAAAAUGGAUACCAUGUAAAACAUCUUUCCACGGCAACAAAAAUAACCAUUGGAUUUUAUACAUAAGGUACAGCCUUAGCACCUUCAGUAUUCUUGAAGGUGUGGUAUCAGUUAAACUGAAUUUAUUGAGUAUCUUGCAGUAUUGCAGAAAGGCACUAGAUUGGUGGCAGAGUUCAUGGUUUGUUUGUGCAAGGCUCAAUCUUCACUUGGGCAGCAAUCUUGGUUCUCUCAUGUGGCAAACAGAGGCUCAGGCCUUAUCUAUGUAUGUACACCAAACACCUUAGAUAAGCCACCCACGUAAUUCUGAAAACAUGGUGUAUGCCUGUGGGCUUUAUUAUCACCUUUUGCCUAACCUGCUUUAACUCCCAAGGUAGUGUGCCAUGCAUGGGGUUUUUACAAAUGUUUUCAGUAUGUCUCAAGUCCAUGAUUUUGGGGUUGAGCAUCCUAAACAGGAAAGGCCACUCAAGGUGCAUGCUGCUUGUGAUCAUCAGCAAUAUUCUUAUUACAUGCCACCGAAAGAGGGACCAGGGAUGCAAACGGUAAAUUAUCAGAAAGCAAUAGGAGUACAUAAUUCCAAGAAUGUGGCUGUGUGCAUACUGCAUUCCAUAGAAAGCUUCCACUUAAAAAUAACAAAACAAAAAAAACCUAACCCAAAUUCCCUGUGAUAAUCUGAACCCUGGGGAACUGUGGCUUUGUGUAAACUACGGCUAGUGAGAACAGGCCAGAAAUCAUGGUUUGAUCCAGGCUUGUUCUCACUAGCUGUGCUUUAAACAAAGCCAGAGUUUCCUAAGUUCAGACAUGCUUUUGGUCUCCUCCUCCUAGCAUGUGAAAGAGGAUGGAGUGUGUGAGCCUGAAGUUUGCCCAGGUUCAUUUGUGUAGUGGGAAACCAUGGUUUACUAUUAUGUCCGAACCGAGCCCUAGACUUUUCAACAUUUUAAAUGCAUAUUUAAAGAUGCCUUUGCUUUUGGAAAUUGUUCAGAUAUUGACCUAUAUUUGAGCUUUAUUCCAAAGUGCUAGGGCAAUGUUGAUACUGUGUUACUUUUUGCAUAUCCUAUGUCAGCCAAAUGGUUUAAUUUGGCAAACAGGACACACAGUACUAAUCUGUGUAUUUGCAGUGAAUAGAAUGGCUUGCUUUCUAUAUCUACUACAAGGAAAAACCUUUCAAGGAAUUUUAAACUGCAUUUUAGUUUAGGAGCGCUGCAGUGGACUAUCUACCAUCUUCUGUUGUUUAAUGCACAUGCAUUUUCUAUCACAUCUUCUAAAGAAAUGCAAGGCAGAGGUCAGUCAUAAGCUAUGUCUACAAAGAAAGUAACUGCUACUUAAAUCGCAAUAAAAAUAAUGACAGUCAAAUGCUAGAGGUUCCCCGCCCCCCCAAGCAGAAAUGAUAUACUCUGUAUUAACUACAGCAUAUGGAGUAAAAUGCAAGGCUAAUUUUAGACGGAGAACACUUCUGGUUUUAAAUAGUUUUGUAAUAUGUAAACUUAACUGUGAGUUGUGUUUUUUUAAAAACAUUGUAAAUCUUGCUUCGAUUUUUAUGACUUGCACUAUUUCUAAUUUUUGCUUCUCCGUGUAAUGUUAACUACCUUAACUUUACAUCUCUGCAGUGUGCUGCACAUGCUGAGCAUGUUUACAUGGUAGUAAAUCCUAGUAAGUCGCAUGGGACUUACUCACUAGUAAUCCAUGUUUAGGAUUGCAGCCUUAGUUUUUUUUAAUGUCGACUAAAUUAUUUUUAUUGUUUUGUAUAGAGAACUGCAAUAAACUCUUGAGUCCAGA